UCCGGCCUCAGGAAAGAGCUGUCCAGGUUACUAUGUCCCUGUGCUCCCUGAAUUAGUAUAUUCGAUUAUGGCCUCGCACCGGCCUCCCUGCGUUGUGAUUUUGUAUUGUAUCAAUUCAUGUGCGUAUCGGUGUCGGCGAAAUUAUAACUUGCCUCAAAGGGCGUCUGUGAAAGGCUUGCAAAGAUCUCAUCUCCGAGAAGCACUCCAUGCACACUUGCAAGGCAGCGGACCAAAGGUCCGGCGCUGGGAUGGGUUCCGUGUGGAAGAGGUUCCAGCGCAUCAACAAGAAAGCUGCCAAGUUCCAGUUCACAGCCUCGUAUCAUGAACUGGCUCUCACUGCGACUCCUAAAUGGCAGCCGAGCCAGCUGAGCGUGGUGUGGCUGCGGCGGACGCGUCGAGUGGUGCACGACGCCCCGGCAUGGGAGCCCUCCAUGAGGAACCCCCUGGAAGGACUGUGCGUCUGGGCCGUCCCCACCAACACCACCAUCACUGUUACGCUCUUCAGGGACAACCGCACCAAUGAAUUUGAAGACAAGGAGUGGACCUUCGUUAUAGAGGACGUGUCGUCGACGGGCAAGCGGCGUCAAGUGGCGACGGCGCAGAUCAACAUGAAACAGUAUGCAGGGUUCAGCACGCAGCACGACGUUAAGGUCAAACUUAGGCCGCUCAGCAAAAAAGUCGUGUCGGCUUCCCUGGACCUUACUCUCUCCUGCCUCUUCCUGCGAGAAGGCAAAGCGACGUGA